CCCCGACUGAGCAUCCCCCGCCCGCCGCCUCUCCCCGUUGCCGGCACAGUCGAAGCCUCUCCCCCUUCCCCCCCCCUCCCCUCGCACACAUCGCCAUGUCUGCCAAUCCCACCUUCACCUCCCUCCCUCCUAACGUCACCCCGGCCACCGCGGCUGCUCUGGCCACCGCUGGCGCUGCCGGCACCGUGGCCACCACCACCUCGGUGUCCAGCUUCGUCACCAAGGUUGUUGAUCAGUCGAGCAUGAUCCUCGAUCGUCUGGUCCACUGGAUCCGCGCCAACCCCCUGCUCACUGGUGGCAUUCUGGCCUCUAUCGCUGCCAUCAUCGGGACGACCUUCUGGCUGAACAACUCUCGCCGCCGCAUCGCUUCCGAGAAGCUCAACACUCCUCCCAUGACUGCCAGCUCCGCCCGCACCACUGAGAACGGUGUCAAGACCGACGAGCUUGUUGCCAAGGUCAAGAGCUCCAAGGCUACCGACGCCAGCGCCAGCUCGCAAACCGUCUCCGAUGGCUUCCGUGUCAAGGGCAACGCCGCCUUCAAGGCUGGCAAGUAUGCUGAUGCCAUUGCCUUCUACACCUCCGGCAUCGAGUCCCCCGACGCCUCGGAGAAGACCCUGUCCUUCCUCUACCACAACCGUGGCACCUCCCAUUUCUACCUCGGUGACCUGGAGCAGUGUGUCGCUGAUACCUCCAUGGCUCUCACUCUCAGCCCUCUGUACAUCCGCGCUCUGCGUCGCCGCAUGACCGCCUACACCGAGCUGAAGAAGUUCAACCUGGCCGCCGUCGACUGCCUGAUCCUCUCGCACAUGGAGCCCGCCAACAUGGACAGCAUCAUCCAGCAGUGUGAGGCCCUCUGCCAGCGCAUGGCCGCCUCCGAGGUCGAUGACAUCAUCGCCUCUCGCAAGGCCCGGGUCCCCUCCUACUUCACCGUGCGCAACUACCUGGACAGCUUCCACAACAACAUCUACGCCACCUACCCCACCCUUGCCGACGGCGAGGAGCCCGCCUCGGCCGACUCCACCGAUGGCGACCACCUCUUCCGCACGGCCAUCCACCUGCUGCACCAGGGCGAGUAUGAUGAGAGCUUCGACACCAUCCACCUGGCCAUCGCCAACAACACCCAGCACCUGGGCAAGGCCUACAACCUGCGUGGUACCUUCUACUUCCUGGCCGGCCUGGCCCCGGAGGCCCUGGCCGACAUCGACCGCUCCAUCGAGCUGGAGCCCACCUCCAGCGCCUACAUCCGCCGUGCCUCCAUCAACUCGGAGAUCGACGGCCACGAUGUGGCCUUCCUCGACCUGGACAAGGGCAAGCAGCUGGAUCCCACCGACUCGGAUCUCUACCUGCACACGGCCCAGCUGAACCUCCUGCGCAACUCCCUGGACAAGGCUCUCGAGGACUUCGACAUGAUCAUCGCCAAGGGCGAGGCCUCCUACGUGGCCUACCUCCAGCGCUUCACCGCCAUGCAGGCUAUGGCCAGCAGCAUGGAUGAGAUCAUCUCCCUGCAGAAUCAGUUCGAGUCUGUCCAGGCCAAGUUCCCCCACGUUCCGGACCUGGUCUUCCACUUCGUGGAGAGCCUUGCCAACAUGCAGCGCUUCGAUGAGGCUGAGAAGUUCCUCCGGGAGGGCCAGAAGCGCUUCAAGGACUUCCCGCUGUUCUACAUCGCCGAGGCCAACCUCAUCUUCAGCCGCUUCAUCACCGCCAGUGCCAACAGCAACGGUGGCCAGCCUGAUGUUGGUGCUUUCCCGGCCGAGGACCGCGCCACCGUCGUCGGUCUCCUGGAGAAGGCCCUCGAGCUGGACCCGCGCAACGACAUGGCCAUGCUCCUGCUCGCGCAGCACUACUCUUCCUCGACCUCCGGCAACCCUGAGGACAUCAGCCGUGCCAUCGGCUACUACAACCAGGCUCUGGACUGCGUGCGCCUCCGUGCCGAGAUGAUCCAUGUCCUGACCGCCCGCCACAACCUUGAGGUGCAGAGCAAGGCCCUGGACUACUUCCGCACCCACAUCGUGCCGAACAUGAACAAGCUCACCGAGGCCCAGGACUAAGCUCGCGCCUGUGUGCCUUAGAUUUAUGUAUGCGCAUGCAUCUCUGUACAAUCUUCCCCCCCCCCCCCCCGCCUCCCUCCUUUUCCUCUUGCUGCUCCCCCGCCCCCAUUACAUGUAUUUCCAUACAUCAAAACAUUUAUAUGCAUGCACAAGUGUACACGUUUGCACAUGCACCGGCAUGUGCGCACGCAUGGCAGGACACCCUCUCGGGCCCCCAGCGCGCACCCUUCCUCCCCUGUGUGACCUCUCACUUUGCCCUCCUGUUCCCGCACACUUACGCAGGAUAGGCUUGGGGGCGCACAUGUCCCCGGACCGAGCUAGCUCGGUCAUGCGCGCACGCACCCGCCCCUAAAUGCACGCUUGUGUCCUUGUACCCUCGAAAUAUACCACCAAAGAGUUUACGCCUGCCAGAGAGGGCCUCUUCCUCUUCCUUUCCUCCUCCCCUUCGCCCGAACGUGUUGAGAGGGCCACGG